UGAAGAAUGUAGGAGGAGAGAUGAUGAAGAACAUGAUUUUUAUUUAGGAUGUGUGGGACUUGCGAUGCUCAAAUUGAUCUUUAGACUUCAAAGCCUUCAAAUACCCAGAACUUCUUCAAAUGUGUGACAGCAACCUGACUCUGGGACAUGCAUAUGGACUCUUCACCAGUUGCAAUAUACAAGAUCCACGAGCACCUGCGCCCUAAGUUAUCCGAGUUGUAUAACAAUGAUCGCAUUUUUGAUAAAUUUGGGUGCUGUUUCAGUGGAGAUGGACUUCAUUAUGCGACUCGGUCUUAUAGCAACCUAGUGCGCAUUUUUUCCCAUGGAGGUGGAAGUGAAGAAGGAGCUACAGUAGAAGCUAGCAUAAGUCCCAACAGCAGGACGCCAAGUCUCCACACAGCUCCAAGGGCUCGGAGGUCAUCCUUGAGCAUCCUAGCACGAGGAUUUUACCGACAUGGACAUGAAAAUUCAAGCUCGCGCGGUAACAAUAGUAGUUAUGACCUAAGCUCCAAGAUUCUACAUCUGGCAUGGCGUCCAGAAACAAACUUGAUUGCUAGUGCCGCUGGGAAUAGCUUGUUCAUGUAUUAUGCAUGCAUUUGUGUACAGGACAGUAAGUGAUUUUUGCACUCGCUUUUUCUCCCGUUGCACUUAGAAGGAGUGCAAAUGGAAAAAUAGGAAUGCAUAAAUCAUUUCGCUUUAGUCAUGCUCAUGUUUUCUUAGAGACAUUAUACUAAAAUAAACAUGGCUAGUCUCUCAGAUUGGUUUCCUCACAAGGCUGUUGAGAUUAUCUCAAGUGAUGAGGAGAAUGAAAUAAUGAACCACAUGAGCUCUUAAAACUAGUUCAAGCGUUGAGGAGAACAAA